CUAGCAGCGCUACCAAUCUGUUUGACAUGUAAAUAAAAAUGUGAGGUUAUUAUGUCAAAUCUCACAAAAAAAACGUAAAUCAUGAAAUCUAAAAAAGAAAAGAGCAAAAUAGGCAAGCUAAUUGAGAAGUCUGAUUCCGAUAAUGAGGAAGACAUCCACGAAUUGUCGUAUUAUGUGAACGAUCGUGUCAAGUUGAUGAAAGAGGUUUUGAAGAUAAUAAAGCCCAAAAAAAUCAAGAGUAUGGCCCCAGAAUGCAUACGAGAUUUAGAUAUAGAAGAGCUCAAUUCAAUGCUUCUGGAAGAGUUGUUAGGAAUCUCAAACAAGAGACUAAAGUAUAUUUUUAAUGGCCAAAAUCUCGAUGAGGACAGUAGCUCGACUGAUCCUGAAGAGGAGAAGCAACCAAUUGAUAUAAUAUCGCUUGACGAUGUGAGUGACGAUGAUUUUGUAAUUGACGUGGAUUCAGUCAAGUCGAAAAGGAAGAAACAUGCAAAGGUCAAACAGGAAUCGAAAGGCAAGAAAAUUAAGAAGGAAAAAGACAAGAAAACCAAUAAACUCAAAGAAGCACCGUUGCAAGAAGAAAAUUUAAUGAGCGUUUUAGAGCUUCUUGAGUUACAGGCGAGGGCAAGGGCCAUCAGGUCGCAACUUAUGCUGGAAGCUAGCAAGAAAAAUACGCAACAAACGCCAGUUGAGGAGCAUAAUGACUCCGAUAAUGACGAUGUCAUAAUUGAAAUACCGAAAAAUGAGGAAAUUGUCAUAACUUCUAGUGACUCCGAGACCGAACAACCAAAAGAUAAAAAUGAAACUGAACCCGAAACACAGAAGAAGAAAAUCAAGUUGAUUAGAGACAGACUAGACAAACAGAAGUCUCCUGAACCCCCACAGGAUAAGGAAAAUGUGGAACAAGCUGAUAACAGCGAACCAAAAGACGCAAGUAAUGUGGAGGAAGCAAACAAAAAUAGUGAUAAAGUAGAGGAAAAGAAUGACCCACAACCUGAAUGUACAAACGACGACGAUGAAAUAAUCCUCAUUGUAGAUCAGGAAGAAAUGGAUGGGAUAAUAAACGACUAGUUAGAAAAAAUCAGUUUAUUUGUUUGUAAAUUCUUAAAAUAUAAAAUAAGACCAAUAUUUCAAAUUA